AUGGACAAAUGGGAUAGCCUGGAUGUUCUCGUUAAAAAUGAAUUUCUCUUCACAGGUCUUGUGUUUGUCAGUGGCGAUUGGGCACGUGGAAAUGACACCGGAGGAGUUGGUUUCGAAUAUAGCACUUUCGGUCAAUUUCCUUGUAUCUCUGCUGAAGAAGAAUUGGCAGAAUGUAAGAUCGUUGCACAUAAAGAGUACUAUGGGACCACCGCAGCGUCUCUACUGAUUCCGUUAAAUUUUGUUGCUACAACGUUUGUUGUGUUAUCAUCUGUUUCAAUAAAUAUUUAG